ACAGAGAAAUUUUUGUGUUGCGCAUAUUUCGUUUCGAAAUUUAUAUAACUUAAAACAGUGUCAGGCCCAGACACAUAAACAAACCGAAUUUUCGACUUCCAAACAUUAAAUUUCAGUUAUCCGGAAAACACUGCCCACCAGCGAUAGAGCAAAAUUUCUGGCUUUUUGGAUCAAGGCCUGCCAGCGAGAACAUCAACAACAACAAACAACCUGUGCUGUACUUGGACCAUCAAAUCCCAGACUAAAUCAUCAUGUCGAUCCGACGAGGAAUGUCCACAACGGCCAGCAAGGAAUGGAGGGACUACUUUAUGAGCACCCACUUCUGGGGACCCGUGGCAAAUUGGGGAAUUCCGCUGGCCGCCCUCGCCGAUACACAGAAGAGCCCCAAGUUCAUCUCGGGUAAAAUGACACUAGCUCUGACGCUAUACUCGUGUAUCUUCAUGCGCUUCGCCUACAAGGUGCAGCCCCGCAACUGGCUUCUAUUCGCCUGCCAUGCCACCAACGCCACGGCCCAGACUGUGCAGGGUCUGCGCUUCCUCCACUAUCACCAUGGCGAGAAGGAUCAGUCGGCGUAAACGAUGCUCUGCCUACCACCAGCACCGACCCUUCACCAGCCAACAAUCACGGACGCGCGAUGCCUCUUCAAAUGUUUACCCAACAGCAGCUACAGCAAUUUCCUGCCGACACGCAACGCACAAUGCAAAUUACUCAGUCCACCAGUCACCAGUGGGGUAAUUGCAAUAUUCAACACCCGCACCGCACAGCUGGCUGAAUCUCAUCACUGGACAAACUGAAGUUGUCAUGCCACUGCGGCUGACCUUUGACUGUAGCGUUUAAUGGCGUUCGGAGAGCCUCAUCGCGCGACGCACCCAGCACAAACCCCGAAACCAAUUCCAGAUGAGUCUAACCCAAAACGAAGCUACUGCACUUUUUGUUUGUAAAUUAUUGACUAUGCCAUAACACCAUUAUCGCUAGGCGGUUGAGUGCAAUUUAGUCAAGUUUAGAGAAAAUAUAGAAUAUAAUUUUUA